GAAUAAAUCUAUUCAUUAAAAGAUAAGUUUUUAAAAAGUAAUAAUUUCAAAAUUUUUUAUUAUUUAUUCAUUUUAAAGCAACAAAGGAUAUAAAAGCAUUCAUAAAGUAAAAUGGCAGCAAAAGGUAAAUAAGGUUGGGGUUUCGGUGGAAAAGACCAGAAUGUCAAAAUAGAUACUUCAUAAUAAGAUCAGAAAAAAUAAAAUAUUUGGGAAUAGAAUAAUGAAGAUUUGAUUUUUGUACCUGAUUUGACCCAAGAAGCUCAAGAAUAGGAAGUAAGCAAAGUCUCUGCUCCACCAAAUCAGCCAACAGUUUAAGUUUAAGAUAUUAAUGAAUUACAGAAAUUUACUAAAAUCAACACAUUACCUCAAACAGAAGAAGGAGUAGAUUUAAGCUAAUUAAUGCAAAUACUUAGUCCAGUCGAAGAUAUUAAAGAAAAAGAUGAAGCUUGGGAAUUUUUGUAGCUAAAAACAUAGAUUUAUGAAAUAGUAAGUAAUAUGUAUGGAGGCAAUGAAUUAAUCGAUGACGAUGAUGAAGAUGAUGAAAACUAAUGA